AUGGAGUCAAAAACUGAUGGUGGGUCCACAUCAUUGACCAGUGAAGAACUUGCAGCUAUUGAUGACGAAGAGGUUCUCAACAAAAUGGUAAACCAGUAUUAUAUUUAUUUAUAUUUUGUUAUGUUUUCUGACCUCUCACUUUUUUUUUAAAUUUUGAAACUUAUCAUUCUUUAUAAAACAGCUAUUAUUUUACUUUUUAGCUGGACAGUGCAGCAGAUUUUGAGGAGAGGAGGAUGAUUCGUGCUGUAUUGAGGGAUCUGCUUAAGAAAAAGAGAGGUAAAAUCUGAUAGUCCCUACCCCCCCUCUCUUGAGUUUACCAUGACAUGUCAUGAUCUUCUUUGGGGUCUUGUCUUGUUUUGAGGAAAUUUUACCACCUCUCUUCAGAAAAACGGGAGCAGGAGCGAGGGUCGAGGAAGGAGGACUUGAGGCAGCAGGGUCUGAGCAAAGGAACAACAUCAAGAGGAGCUGUUAGCGUCGGCAGAGCGUCCAUGAACCAGCAGCAGACAACAGCUAGUAGGUUAAGAUAGAAAAAUAGGGAAAAACAUUGUUGUUUUUAUUAAUUCCUUUCAUUUUUACACCAUUUCAUUUCAUUUCUCUGCAUUUUUCAGAGGUGUCAAGUCAGACCUCUCCUUCAACCUUCACUCCUACAACCAGGACAGCAGGCGGGUGAGUCAACCCUUUGGUGAUUUUGCAUUUGCUUGUUCAACACUGAUACAAAGCAGUAUGAGCAGGUUGAGCUUUAUUCAGUCCAAAAAAAACAACAUGCAUAAUUCUCUUCUCCCUGCAAUAGUCACAACAUUUACAAAAUAUCAAUCAAACACAACAGGACAUGUCCCAUUUGUACGCACUUCCCUGUUUGUGGGUUUGUUGUCCACUCCGGGGAGAAGUUAAACAUUUUAGGCCAUAGACUGUAUAAAGAAUGGAUGCCAUAUGCCUCCUAGCUUGGUUAAUGCUGGAACUUGAAAGUCGGGAUUUCUGAGCUCCGAGUCAAAAAUUCAUCUGGAACGCCUCCCUGAAGUCGGCUCGGAAAGUCAGGCUAUUCUUACCAACCCUGACUCGACGACAACGUCAUAAUCCAAGAUGGCAGCGCAGUGCAUCAACAGUGAAGAGUAACAGUGAAAUCUCUCGUAAUGUAUUAUUUAUUAGCACUUCUGUUUUGUUUUUGUAAAAUUAAAUAAGUGGUAUCUGUUGUACUGCCCAACAUCUAACUGUGAAUAUGAAACUAUGAUGUUUUGUAAGAGUAAAAUACUGUGUUAUGCGUUUUUUACAAUUGUUAUAGCUAACAACAACUAACAACAGCUAUGUGAACAACUGUAAACAACAGCUAACAACUUGUUUACUGGAACGCCGUGAACUCAGGUGUAGCGCAAUUCCCAGCUCCGACAUCCGACUUUCAAGGUAACUGGAACGCAGCAGAAGCCCUGAGAACAUCACCCUCUGGCGACGGCUUGCAGUAUAGGUCAUAAACCCCUCCGAAUAAAAUUACACCGAAUAAUUUUUUUUUCUUCCCCCGCUUUCAUUGUCGGCAUGUAGUUAUCGCAAGACUGGUUUGUGCUUAAGUCCUCUUUUUUCUGUACAGCACCAUUUUUUCUCCCGCCAAAUGUGUACAACGCUACUGCACAAGUGAUGAAAUGCGUACAACGCUACUGCGCCGGUGGUGGUUCCAGGAAGUGGGGAAAAUCCCAGAAGUUCUGAGAGCAAUUCUGCUUCAAAUUCUUCAGCAGCGGAAGGCUGAUCCAAGUUGUCCAUAGUAUAUACAGUCUAUGGUUUAGGCCCUUAAGUAGGGUUUAAAGUCAGGAGAGUAAUUACAUAAGACUAUUUUUUUUAAUAUAAGCUUGAUGAAGUCAGACCUUUUUGUCAGAUAUUUAAAUACUUGAUGCUGACCUUUCUAAUUGAGGACACCGCGCGAGCCUGUCUGCAUUAGUAACUUCAUAUCUAAUGGGAGCUUGACUGCUGUGAAGAAAAAUUAUCUCUAUGCUCGAGAAGGACGUGAAUUCUUGUGCGGACAGUAAUCAUAUGCUUUGUCAAAAGAUGACGCAAACUCAGCUGUUAUCUUUUUACUUCUUUAAGUUUUCCCCCUUUUUUUUGUGUCUGUGCCCCUUUUUUUUUGUCAAUAGUUCGACCAGUCCUUCUGCAGCCUCAGCCCAGCAAUGUCCUUCUACUGCAGCACCCAACGCGAAGAAUGUCAAACAGAUGCUUCUUGACUGGUGCAGGGCCAAAACAGAGCCUUAUGAGGUAAAUAUGCCCUGACUCUGUUUGCCUGUGAAUUAUUACCCUGUGGUGCUAUACAUAGCUCUGCCUCUUAUGUCUCAUUAUCAGCAGCCAUUUCUCUUAAACUCAUUCCCCUGUGCUGUGGAACAGGGGGUGGACAUCCAAAACUUUUCUUCAAGUUGGAAAGAUGGAAUAGCCUUCUGCGCCCUGGUGCAUCGUUUCUUCCCCGAUGCGUUUGAGUACUCCAUCCUCAACCCCAACAAGCCUAGGGAAAACUUUGUACUGGCUUUCAGCACUGCAGAGUGAGCUCCUAUUCAUUAUAAAGAGAAGUAGAUACGUCUUCUUGAAGCAAGCUUUCGGGAGUGCAUUGCAGAUAAGGACAAAGUGACUCUACAAUUCUGUGUCAUUGUUUAUCUCAAGUCAUUUGUCAGUGACGCUUGCUUUCCGUCUGCAGGAGGCUGGCCGGCUGCCCCCCUCUGCUGGACGCUGAUGACUUAGUUCGGAUGAAGGAGCCGGAUUGGAAGUGUGUGUACACGUACAUCCAGGAGUUUUACCGCUCCCUGGUGGAGAAAGGCCUGGUCAAAACUAAAAAGAGACCAUAG